AACGCCGUCACAAAUUUUUAUCAGCUCUGCUUGUUACUACAGCCAGCUGAUGCAAAAUAUAUUUUUCUUGUGUGAGGAAAAGAGUUUUUCAGGAAAAAAAUUAAAAUUUAAACUAAAAAUUCUUAAAAUUUAAAGCGUCAAACGGUUGUGGUUUUUAAUAGUCUACGUUGGACUAAAUAACUAAAUUAAACCAUUAUAAGCAAUUGCAAGUACCUGGUUAAGAAUAGCAGCACCCUUUAGCCAACCACCAGCCAAACAGCAGCCUACAUUCCUGCUACAAUAAAAGCAAUAAACGCGCACUAGUUGUUUAAUUACACCUCCCCCGGAACUACUUUAAAGCAUUUGCAAAUCUAAAAUUUUUCACCCAUUUUGGUGUAAAUUGUUAAUUGCUAUUGUCAUCCUUAUAUUCUUCAUCAUGUCUAUUGCCCCAGUUAUUAUAGAGGCUACUGCCAAACAUACUUCCACCCUCAUUUUUAUGCAUGGUUUGGGUGAUACUGGUCACGGCUGGAGCAGUGCUUUAGCUGCCAUACGACCACCCAGCAUGAAAGUCGUCUGUCCUACAGCACCCACUCAGCCCGUUACACUAAAUGCUGGCUUUCGCAUGCCCUCCUGGUUUGAUUUAAAAACACUCGACAUAUCAGGACCCGAAGAUGAAGAAGGCAUUAAAUCGGCUUCACAAAAUAUACAAACAAUGAUUAAUACCGAAAUCGAAAAGGGCAUACCCUCAAAUCGUAUUGUUUUGGGUGGUUUCUCACAAGGUGGUGCAUUGGCUUUGUACUCAGCCUUGACCUAUAACAAACCGCUGGCCGGUGUGGUGGCCCUAUCGUGUUGGUUGCCUUUGCAUAAACAAUUUCCGGGUAUUAAGACAAAUAGUGGGGAUAUACCAAUUUAUCAAUGUCAUGGUGAUUUUGAUCCAGUGGUACCCUAUAAAUUUGGCCAGCUAAGUGCCAGUUUGUUAAAAUCUUUUAUGAAAAAUGUUACUUUCAAAACCUACAAUGGUUUGUCACACUCUUCAUCGGAAGAAGAAAUGGAUGAUAUUAAGGAUGUUUUGGCCAAAUGGACAAACGAUAGUAGUCAUUUAACGAAUAGAAGUUCCUCGGAAACGUAUUGUUCAAGUAUCGUACAGUGUUGUCGUAUCUUAUAGUUACAGCAAAACAAAAAUUUCACACAAAAAGACACACUUGAAAACAAAAAACAGAAAAAAAACUUAAAACAUUUCACUACAAUUUGAAUUGCCUCAAUUAAUUAUAGUUAAUUAUAACAAAGAAAAAACAAUAUAUGAAAUCAAACAUAAGUUUUAGUAUUAAACAAAAAAAUUGGGGAUAAAUGUUGGAUAAAAAGAAAUUUUCAAAUUUGAAAUUAUUAAAAAAAAAAAUUAAAAAGAA